AUGCCAGAUGCUGGCACAGGAGCCAUGAUCCACCAGAAUAAUAUGCAUCAGCCUGAUCGAGGAGGGGACGAUGUCCACUCCGCCCUUCAGACCGACAGGGCCCAACAACGUCGCCAAAAGGCUGAAGAGUCCGAAUGGGCCAGUGCCAGAAGCGGAAUCUCCGGAGCAGACCAGGCGUCAGAGAACAUUGAUCCCCCUAGCAAACGACGACGAGUCGCGCUGGCGUGUACCGUUUGUCGUGGGCGGAAAUCACGUUGCGAUGGCACGCGCCCCAAGUGCUCGCUGUGUAUCGAGUUGGGGUUCGAGUGCGUCUACCAACAGUCUGCGUCAUAUUCAAACAUCAUUAUCGGCAAGGAAUACCUGUCGUCGAUCGAGGAUAGAUUGAAGUUGGUGGAAGGCCGUCUUGCCUCUCUAGAGAAUCGUGACCGCACAGUUAUCUACCAACCUGCCAAUCCAACCGUCUCAAAUGGCGUCUCUUCUACGAAUUCCGCGCAGCCGGAGACGGCGUGCUUGCGGGAAGAGAGCCUCGAAGAUGCGGAAACCAUCGAAGAUCCCAUUGAUGCAAUGGGAGCCGUCACAUUUGCGCAGGAAGAGGAUUGCGCAUUCUUUGGUCCUUCGUCGAACAUUGCUUUCCUCCGGCACGUCUCUAGGGCUGUGGCCCGAUUGACUCACGACCCUGAGCCCUGGAAACCGUCUCCCGCAGAACAUCACUCGGUAGGGUUUACAGGUGGAUUCAUCAACACCUCUGGCCCUGCCUCGCCCAUUCCGACCACGCACGAUCUUCCCUCCGAGAAGGUGAACAUCUAUGCACUUCCUCCUGACUCGGUGGCUCGCGAGCUCCUCAAUUGGUACUUCAGCAACACUGGCUUAUUGUUUCCUUAUAUUCAUGAGCAAUCUUUCAUGGCAACAUUUGAGCAGGCCAGCAAGGACAAGUUCAAAGGCGUCAGGAGGAUUUGGCUUGCCCUGCUAAAUAUUGUCUUUGCACAUGCCAUGGUGCAUGCGCGAGAGAACACGACCACUCCAGGAAGCGUGGAGUCAACGUCGGCGAAAGCAAGCGCAGAGUCUGAGAUAUACUUUCGACGGGCUUCAGGACUCUUCAACGAGAAGAACGCGAAUGGGACCGGGACUAGUGUGGAAGUUGUGCAAUUUCUCCUACUCAUGGGUCAGUACCUUCAGGGAACGCAGAAAUCGGUACAGACAUGGAAGACACAUGGUCUUGCCGUACGAGCUGCAUUUCAAAUCGGACUUCACUCGAGUGAUUUAGCCAGAGUUUUUCCUCCGCCCGAGCAGGAGGUCCGGAAAAGGACGUGGUUUGGUUGUAUCAUGCUCGACCGAACUUUGAGCAUGACCUUUGGACGACCACCAGCGAUCCCUGACAGUUAUGUCCAGCUCGAGCUGCCAGUGGAAUUCACUGUCCUGGACGGCGCAGGUGCAGGGGCAGACCAGAAGGAGUCUUUGAGCAUUGCCUUCUUCAACGGCACCAUUGCGCUCUAUAAGGUGCUAUGCACGAUCAUAGAUUCGCUGUACGGCCAGAACCUCGCCUGCUCGUUCAAAGCAAACGCCGUCGAUACAGUCGCUCUAGUCUACAAGAUCGAAAAUCAGCUGUCCGAGUGGCAACGGGGACUGCCAUCCCAUAUGAGGCUCAUCGCCACUCAAGACAUCCUGCCCGAACGCCUGCCGCAGGUCGAGAGCUCGGCAGAGGAAGCAUGGCGGCAGCUGCGCCUCCGGUUCAUCCUCACCCUGCGCUACACGAAUGUCCGCAUACUCCUGCAUCGGCCUGUGCUGGUCAAGUUCCUCGACGGGCUGAGCAACCCGACGAACCACCAGGAUACCUCGUUGUUGCAGCAGGUCGGCACCAUCCACAUCCAAAUCGCCAUCAAGUCGGCAAAGGAGAUUAUUUGUCUUGUGCAUAACGCUCUGCAGUCUGCGACAGGGCGGUCGAAGUGGGGUUUGUUGGGCGCGUGGUGGUUUUCGCUGUACUAUACCUUUAAUGCAGCCUUGGUUCUGGGUGCAUGUGUCUUGGUUCAAAUCGACCAAAAGGCCUCGGGCAACGAAUCAAAUAUGUCAUUGACCGAGUCGACCGAGGAUAUGAGCCUGCAUUUGGGCAUGGCCAUCGAAGCGAUCCGCCAUCUCGACAGCGACAAUCGCAUGGUGGCGCGGUGCCGAGAUUAUCUCGAACAGUUUGUCCAGGUCGUUCAGGCGCUAGCAAUUGGACAGGGUCUCCUUCCACAACCCCACGACUGGCACCCCAUCACAUACCACGCGGCCAAUGCGUCCGUGUUCGGCCAAGUGCCGCCAGCACCGCAUCACGGAGGAAGCGACUACGGAGUUCUGCUCGGUGGCGCGGCCGCGGCGGUGGGCGUUGGCAUGGGCAUGUUCAACGGCGGCGGCAACAGCGCCGGUAUGGUUGCGAGCAGCAAGCAGAGCCCGCUCGGCAUGGAGCUGGGCGAGUUCAUGCUCGAUGGCGAUCUCGAGUUCUUGACUAGUCAUUCCUUCACAUAUAAUCGGGGCGUGGCUCCGUGA